AUGGUCACUCUCCAGCUCAGGCCGGCAGAAAGGCAGCAGACAGUUGAGCAGGAAGAAGGGCAGCCAACAGCAAACGAAGACUCCCAUUAUGAUAGAGAGGGUCUGCAGCACCUUGGUCUCCUUGCGCAGGGAACUCCGCAAAGAGGAGGUGGGCUCCUUGCCGUGGGCUGGCCACUGCCCCCCUGCUCGCUCGAGAGUAGAGAUGCGGCGGAUCUGGGCCUGGGCAAUUCGGUAGAUCCUGGUGUAGGUGAUGAUCAUGAUGGCCACGGGGAUGUAGAAGCUGAUAAGGGAGGAGGAGAUGAGGAUGGAAAGGGCCCAGGCCACGGCUAUCAUGGCACAGGCAAGGCGCUGCGUCAUCCUGCGCUCAUAGCGAAAGGGGCUGGCGAUGGCCCAGUACCGGUCCAGGCUGAUGAUGCAGAGGUGGAGGAUAGAGGCGGUAGAGCACAUGAUGUCGAAGGCCACCCAGGUGUCACAAAAGCGGCUGCCAAAGAGCCAGGAGCCACCGGCCACCUCAGUGACCGCCUUCCAGGGCAUCACCAGGAGGGCCACGCAGAGGUCCGAGACGGCCAGCGACAGCACGAACCAGUUGCGCCCGCGGGCCGCCCCCCGCCGCCGCGCUCCCCAUCAGGGACGCUCCCCCGGCCGCCGUGGCUCCGCCCGCGGGGCAGCGCCGGCCCCGCUUCCCCGGCCGCUCCUGCCGGCGGGACGCCCCCCGAGGGGGCGGCGGGACCCCUGGCAGCCGGCGCCGUCCGGGGCCGGGAGGGCGGCCGCCCGCGGGGGCAUCUCUGGCCGCCGCCGCCUGCCUCAGUUUCCCCCGCGGCGGCGGCGGGCGGCGGGGCGGGCUGCCUCGGGGCUACUCACCGCGGCGGCGGUUGGGGGCCGCCCGCCUUUCGCCUCGCCGCGGCUCCUUCCGAGGAAGGGACCGUCCCGCUGCGGCGGGAGUGCGGAGCAGGCGGCGGCGGCAGCCCCUCUGCGGUGGAGCUGCGUCGUGCCGGGGGAGACCCGCGGCUUUCCGCCCGGAGCGCUGGGAUGGACGAGGAGCAACUUUCGGCGGGCUCCGUGUGCCGCACGCCGGCGGGCUGCGGCUCCCCGCGCCGCUGGGGAGAGCUGAGGGGCGAGCCCGCCGUCAGACGGAGCUUGCUGCCGGGUGGGCAACGGCGUGGAAAUCCCCAGGAUCAAGCGACCCUCGUUAUCUGCAGGGAGGGAGAUGUCGCCACAGCAUCGCCCUGGGAAGAGUCUUUUUGCCGUCUUCAGUUUGUGCUUGUUGACUGGAUCAUUCAAGCUUUGCCUAAAUUGAGCUGUAGGCGUGUAUUGCAGCAUGCUUCAACAUUCUCAUCCAGACCAGGAACUUGGUUAGAGCAUGCCCUGGCUCCCUUCCUGCUGUUGUACCCGUUUGCUUCCCAGCGUGCCCAGAGAGUGACCGGCUUGCACCUACUCCUUUGGGGGAUCCCAAAGCGUGGGUAUUGAACAGACAGAGAAAACUCGCGGUCUCUGUGAAAACAGCCUGAGGUUUCUGGCACUCAGAUGGACAGAGCCUGUGAUUUAGAGUAGUGUUGUUUCUCAGCACUUGGGAACAACUGCAGAGAGUGUCUGAUUCGUGAGCUGCGGAUGGGAACUGGAGAUGAGAACCUACAUAAGAUCAUAAGAAAAGUUAUUCCCGUCAGACUAAGUGUCUGUCUAGCCCAGUGUCCUGCCUCUAAACCAGAGGCUGGGGCUCUCUUACCACUGCUAGGAAAAUGUCUGAGUCUCCCUGGGAGCAGAAGCAGCUCCACAUCAGCAGCGUCAACUUUGACAUGAUGGAUGAGAGCCCCUGAAACCUCUCUGAGCAGUGGUGUGCUCUGACUGACUGUACCUUGGCUGGAUCUCUCAGCCAAGCACUUGCCCAGAUUGCCCUUGAAUCCCUGUAACUGUUUUGCAUCCAUCGCACCUAGCCCCAGAACUUCCCCUCUUGCUCUUUCCUAGGAGAAUGCCCCUUGCUUGUGUGUUGCCUGUGCUCUCCUUCUGUAGACAGUGCAGAUGAGCUUCUGAGAUUGAUUUCAAGCAAGCUAACUUGCCCUUCAGAGAAGUUCUCUCUCCAUUGUCUAUAGAGGGGACCUGUAAAAAUGCAGAGAAAUAGGGAGAAUGAGUCUGGGCCUUGGACUCUCCAUCUCUCAGCCUCAGUGCUGGGGUUCCCUGAAGUCCCUGCACAGCAGCCAUAAGAAAAAGUAAGUAUAUCUCACCACUCCGCAGGAAUUUACUUUAAUGAUGCAGAAGCAGACCACCUGUCUCCUCAAAUCAUUUGCUAUUUUUUUCCUUGAAGAAACGUAAAUACAGGACAGAGGAAGACUGGCUGGAGCUUGGGCUACCAUAUCUACUGUGGUAGACAGCCCUGGCCAAAACAGUUGUCAUGAUUUUGGAGUCAACAGGGACAUUCUCUUUGCUUCUCACCACCAGACCUGUUAUAUAAAGAAAAUUAUUUGUAACAAUUUCAGGCUUAGCACUUUCAGUAGCCAUUCUGAUGUUAAAAUUUACUGGUUUAUUAGGUUUUGUGCGCAGGCAUUCAAAAUACAAAGCUGCAUCACCUUCCUGAUGGCAAAGUGCUAGUGAUAACAAAAGACUUGGGAGUUUACCUUUCUUCGAUCAGUUUUCUCAAGUUUCAUUCAAUAUCACAGCUGGCUGGUAUUUGCAUCGGGAUAUAUUAAUGCUGGGGCUAGUCCCAAAAAUCUCGGCUAUCUGGCCCCAAAGAGGAAAGAUGGUUCCUGGUUUAUGGCAAAGGUAUGCUCUUGAAGAGACUCUACUAGCAUUUGAUGAGCAGUCAGGUAAACAUACAGUGUUAUUGCAAAGUAAAAAUGUUUAUGGUAAUACUAGUUUGCAGGCUUGGCGAUCUAAAUUCACUGUGUUAAAAUGAUGGUCAAGAGAAUUGCAGCCACAGUCCUUUUUUGGUUUUGUGGUAGAGAUCAAUCCUGACAGACCUUUGAACUUAACUACUAGAUACUUUUCCUCAAGGUCUUAAACAUCUGAGGUUUUUAAAAUUUCACACUAGACCUGAGCCCCCAUGGAGAUGUCAGUUUGGUGAGGAAAUUGAAUCACUACAUUCUGCAUUUCAGCAACAGGUUCUUGCUCCUGAAUGAAAGCCUCAUGAUUUUCUCCAUACUGCCGGUAGCAUUGUCUAAGUCAAGUUCUGCAGGGACCACACACCACAGUAUGCAGAGUUCACAGCCAUGUGUUUUUAGCACUGCUCACAGUAUACCUUGUCAUAAAUGUUUGCAAGAUUAGAGCCUUUGCCUGUGUUCACAGCCUCCUUGAAAACAACUGCCUGGCUUAUGUUAUUGCAGGAUAUUCCUUAUGCUUUAAACCUGGGAGUAAAAAAUGGUCUGUAUCACUAAAAUCCAUAACUGGAUAGGGUAACACAGAUCAAAACGGAAACCAGAGCUGAAACUAAUGACCUAGAAUUGUGCUAAUUACAUGAGAGAUGUGUGACAUUUCCUAAGUGUUCAGACCUUUGAAAGGGUGCCAUUACAGGCAGGGGCUAUUCCUAGGGAGGGAUGGUAUGGAAAGGUCAGCUGUCAAAAAGAGUCAAGGAUGCAGACAGGUCUAGUUCUCUGUUGCCAGUGUAUUUAACAACCAAGAAGGCUGCCUUUCUCAGGCAUCAAGUCUAGAUGACUGUAGCACACGAUAAAUCUCUGGAACAAGGGGCAGGGUUGCAGUUCAUGCAAACUGUAAGGAGUAUUGAAAAGCCUGACUUGUUCCUUACAUGAUAUUAUAAUUGCAAACUGUUUGGAGAAAAGUCUACAUGCAUUAUUUAUUUGUACACUGUCAGUGAGGACUUGUUCAGCUGAAAGUUGUACGUGCUUCUUGUAACAUAAAGUAAUGA